AGGAAUACAAGGGGCUUCACCAGCACAAAGAGGCAACACGACAGCUGCUCACUCCAAAAAGAGAACCAGUCUGUUUUUCUACUGCACCAUGUCCUGCAUAACGACCCAGACAGGAGAGGUCUUCUGUAAGCCAGACUGCCAUACAAAUGCACAUGGUCUGCAGAGCAUUGCAGCCCUAGUGCGCUCCACAGAUGAGAUUUUGGAGCCCAUCGCCACACAGAUCAGAGGCACCAUCCCCGCCUGGAUAAGUGGCAACCUACUCCGCAACGGACCGGGCAAGUUCGAGUUUGGCAACGAAAACUAUAACCACUGGUUUGACGGCAUGGCCCUGCUGCACAAGUUCAGGAUCAAGGAUGGCGAGGUGACCUACAUGAGCCGCUUCCUGCGCAGCGACUCCUACAAGCAGAACAUCGAGCGCGACCGCAUCAUGGUGUCUGAGUUCGGCACGGUGGCCAUGCCAGACCCCUGCAAGAACAUCUUCAUGCGCUUCCUCUCCCGCUUCGAGAUGAUCAAGCCGACGGACAAUGCAAGUGUGAGCUUUGUCACCUACAAAGGCGACUACUAUGUCAGCACGGAGACAAAUUUCAUGCACAAGGUGGAUCCCGCGACGCUGGAGAGUGUCGAGAAGGUGGACUGGAGCAAAUUCAUUGCAGUGAACGGCGCAACAGCCCACCCGCACCUGGACCCUGAUGGCACAUCCUACAACAUGGGCAACUCUUACGGGCCAAAAGGUAUUUUCUACAAUAUUAUUUGCGUUCCUCCUGAGCGGGAGUCAGUCGAGGACACCCUUCAGGGAGCCAAGGUGCUCUGCUCCAUCACCCCCACAGCAGACAAGGGCAAGCCCUCCUACUAUCAUAGCUUUGCAAUGUCAGAAAACUAUGUGGUGUUCAUUGAGCAGCCUAUCAAAAUGAACGUCUGGAGGAUCGUCACUGCCAAGCUGACGGGGAAGGGCAUCAACGACGCCAUCUACUGGGACCCCACCCAGGACACCAUCUUCCACCUCAUCUGCAAGAAGACUGGCAAGGUCCACUCAGUGAAGUACUAUACCAAAGCGAUGUCCAACUUCCACCAGAUCAACGCCUUUGAGCAGGACGGUUUCCUCAUGCUGGACCUGUGUGCCGCAGACGAUGGCCAGGCCAUCAGUGUCUACAACCUCCAGAACAUGCGCAAGUCAGGAGAGGCUCUAGAUGAGGUGUACAAUAUGAUGUGCAGAGCAUUUCCUCGGCGCUUCGUGCUCCCACUCGACAUCACCAAUGAGACACCUCCGAAUGAAAACCUGAACACACGACCUGACAGCACAGCAACGGCCAUUAAACUCUCAAAUGAAAAGGUAUUUUGUACAUUUGAGAAUCUCCAUGGUGAUGACAUUGAGGACUUUGGUGGUCUGGAGUUCCCCCAAAUCAACUACAAGAGGUGCAACACCAAACCCUACCGCUACUUCUACGGCUGUGGCUUCAGACACCUCUUAGGGGACUCCCUACUCAAGAUGGACUUGGAGGGAAAGAAGCUGACGUCUUGGUACCAGCCUGGUCUCUUCCCGUCUGAGCCUGUCUUUGUUCCGUCACCGGAUGCUAUAGAUGAGGACGACGGGGUCAUCCUGUCAGUGGUGGUGAACCCAACAGAGGACAAAGCAACGUUUCUGCUGGUGCUGGAUGCCAAGACGUUUGAGGAGCUGGGCAGGGCUGAGGUACCCAUCAACAUCCCUUAUGGCUUCCACGGAGCCUUCCAGCCCACCGCUUAAAGAGGAACAGCGAUGUGUUUCCCAAAAAGUCUUAAGUAGCACUUAAACCUACGUAAAAGUACUUAAGUAUGAGGUGCCUCUUUGGCAAUAUAUCAAAAAUAAGUCUGACAUCAUCACUAAAAGUUAAUGCACAAUUUCACCUCGUAGAUGCACAUUGCCAAAGCAUUUUAUUUUGCACCUGCAAAAAAAAAAUAUUGUAUGAAGGCCUAUAAAAUGAUUGUAUGUAUGAACAUUUAGUGAUGUGAUAUAUUAUGACCUAGGGGACAAAUCAUACUUAAGUACUAUUUAACCUGAAUGACUACUUCAAUAUUUUUGGGAAACGUAGCCCAGAUCUCUCCACCUCCCAACUUCAGACGUCUGGAUUGUCCCUCAGGAGCCCCGAUCCUCAUUGCUGACCAAAGAUCUUUUUUAUGAGUAAUGCGUCAAUGAGUUACAAUAGCCUGCACCACAUACAUAGUUAUGAGGAUGCCUAUUUGUCACAUGCAUAGUAAAGACACUGUGAGUGAUAUGCAAUGGAACUGCAACUCAGAAUCUCCAUAUGCAUGUGACCAAUGUACAGUAUAUCGUUGUAUCCUUAUUGUUACGCUAUAUUACAGUGCCUCUCUGUAAGCAGUCAAGUGAUGAUCAGGUUCUGUUCUUCAGGAGUUAUCCAGAGUGAAAUGCAUUUUAGGUCAAUUUUUGGAUGAUUGGGAAUACAUACCAUGAGCUUGCAUGAAAAUGACAUCAAUCGGUGUAGCCAAAUUGUGUUUUACAUGGAUGCGCCUGUGGCAUAUGAUUUUGCAGAUGCAAAACACUAUUUAUUAACAUCACACUUAUGUUAUGGUAAGUAGAUGGUCCCUCAAGACAAACCAAAGUGUCUCAAGCCCGUCAGAUGUCUUCCUACAAGGUCUAGACAAUGACCUUCAUCAGUAGUCUAUUUCAAUAGGCCCAAUGGGCUAGGCUUUAUUGUUGCACACAGCUUCCUUUCAAAUUGAAAAGAAAUUGACUAUGUUUUUAAUAAGUACUGCUAUGAUACUUUGAAUUUCCUGGGCAUGUAACUGUUACUGAUACAGGUGGAAAGCUUCCAACAAAGUAGUGGCUUGAUUGUGCUCACUCUGCACGCCCUGUCCGAAGACAUGACGAGCUAAGGACACGUUGGUUUGUCUUUAGGCACCCUCUACUUACCACAACACAAGUGUAAUUCUGUUUGGAACCUUUGGAAACGUGGAGAAUAGUGUUUAGUAUCAGCAAAAUGACACGCCUCAGUCACAUCCAUGUAAAAACCAUCACGGUUAAUGUGGUCACAAUCAAACUUUCUCAAAACAAAUUCGAUUGACAUGAUAUUGAUGUCAGCUCUCUUAAAAAAAUCUAAAAAAGGGACAUAUAAUGUGUUGCACUCUAUAUUACUUCCUUUAAUAGAAGGGCAUUUACAUGUAAUUAUUAUACGGCCCUCUAGAAUGUUGCGAGAGCUUCCAUUCACUUUCAAUGUGCUGCCUCGACGUUCGGUGGGCAACUAUUUUUCGAUAGGCCUACAUUAUCACUUACAUAAUAGGCCUACCACCUAACUGUGCCAUCUAACCACGUAUGUUACUGAAACAGUUGUGCCUUCUUAACCACAUUUCUACACUUAUAACAUGUAACUAUUCAUCAGCAACAUACAGCAUUUCAUAUUCAAAGGGAGAUGUCCAGAAGACAUGAUGAGUUUUCAAGUCUUAUCAUAUGAUUCGGUGCCUAAAUAUUCAGCCUGUGUACUUGGUUGUUAAUUAAUUAACUGAGUAAUAUGUUACUUUUAUUUUCUAUUGUUUUUUAUUGAUUUUUUAAUGAUACUUGCUUUUGUGCACUAAGAGAACAAAACUAUUUUAAUAUGCACUAAAACACAAAUUUGUGUGACAUUUUUGUUUUAUUUUUUGUACAGAUGUUGAACUAACUGUAUGCAUGGAACAUUGUUGACAUAAAAAGCACAUAAAAAACUAAA